AUGACACAAUUAUCUGCACACGAGGAAUUCCGGCCGCGGAACGGUUCGAGCCUGAGUCGAGAAAUCGAAUCAUUGGUCAACUAUGUCAAGCAGCUAGAAUUUGAUCCCAACACAUUUGUAAUUAUUGUUUGCCGCCAUGGAGCCAUCGAAGGUUUGACGAAUAAGAUAAACCAGAAGAAGCAGGAAAAGAUUUUCCAACGGGUAAAAAAUUUUGAUAUCAGAGCGACAGACGACAUUAGGCUCGGCGCAGUGACCGCUGUCGUCGAGAAAUCAGGACUAUAUGACAACCUUGUGAUCAUCACGAGUGGGUUUAUCAGCCACCUAUACUUCGACGUUGGGUUCAAGAUCAUUGACUUGAAGGUAUAUCGGUGCGCAAUCAAUGACAACCCCAACGAAUACCUUCAUGUCGAUGGCUAUUCAAAAUUCCACGGACAAGCCGUUCGAUCUUGGGAGGGGAUGUAUCAUGAAGCCAAACUCUGGCUUGGACCUGGUGUCGUGUUCAACCUCGGCUCUCACAUCGGUCAAUUAGGGCAACUGUCUGAGACUUCUUCUGCCAUCUCUGAUUUCGAUCGAAACAAGCUUCGCGCACACAUUGAGAAGAUGGAUAGAGUGAAAAUGGAAGGAAGUUGGUGGGACGACUUCCGAGCCCCAAUUUCCGCGAUUGUUGGUAUUCUUACCAGUGCCGCCAAGCUUGCUUCAACUGGGCUCGUUAAGAUGUCCGCGGAAGGGAUAUUUGUACAGUACAAGUUUAUUGGAUAUGCGAUUAGCACAGCGACAGCAGCUUCCAUGACAGCACUCUCAGCAGGGACUGCGAUGCUGGUCGCGCCAGGUGUAGCGGCGGCCGUUUACUUCAUUCCAUGGGGUUCCAUCUUUGGUUGGUUGAACACGGUUGUCUCGUGGCUGACGACAGGGAUCAAUAAGAUUUGGGAAAAGAUCAAAGAUUGGCUGGCUUCGUGUGCGAGUACGAUUCGAGAUACUCUAGGGCUUGACAGGAAGUUGCACGUCCCACUCAGGUUCCCGGCAUGA